AUGGCCUUUUCGUUGGUGACCGUGGCUCUGGUCGACCUGUUGUGGCUAGAAGUGGUCCCAACAGCCUUUGACUUUCCUCCUGGUUCUGACGAUCAUAUUAUGAAUAUCGGCUGGAGGUUCUACCUAUGCUUCAUCAUUCUGUCCUUGCUGUUUGCCAUUAUUUGUUUCUGCUUUUUCCCCAACUCUCGGGGCUUAGCCAUCGAAGAGAUGGCUGUGCUGUUUGGGGAUGACGCCGAGGUUUACCAGAUAGCCACGCCUGAAGACAGAUCCGAAGCGGUGGCCAAGGAUGGUGGUGCCUUUGUGGAGGAUAUCAAGAAUGCUUAA